AUGCACCUUUCGUCAUCGUCCUUUGUCGCGCUUGGCCUGCUCUCGAGCCUCGCCACGGCCAUCUCGACUGCCCAGAUCGAAAGUGUGUUUGGACAAGGCACGCAAGGCUUGACCGGUAGCUCGACCACGCUCCCCAACUUUGCCCUCUCCAUUGUCACCAACUCGAGUGAGUGCGCCUUCUGCUUUGCAUGGUCUUGUGAUGGGUCCGGGAGCCGUCACUCGCGGUUCCGUUUCCUUGACUUGCUGCUUCGAGAUCGCCUUCGGGCGCACCCCGCUUGAAGCGUGCGAGCUUGGCGGCGCGCGGGCCCAAGGCGGCGCCCCAUCGAACGACUGUCAGAUCUCCGAAACGCGCUUACGCUGGCUAAAAGGCGAUCGACGCGCCUCGCGGGGGCGUGCCUUCUGGGCUGCCUCCGCCGCUCGUGAAAAGUCCGAGAUCUUGCUUUGUCGGAUCUUAUCUUCGCCAUGCCAGCCUAGAUAGCCUGACACGUGAUGUACCGCUGCCGGGCGUCUCCUUUUCUGCGGCCUCAUUUCGGCUGGCCGCUUUCAAUCCAAGUCACCUUCCGAAACUGAAACGAGCCCCUGAGCUGAUCAAGCGCAUUUCCUUUUCAACCCCCUCUUCCUUCGUCGCUCGAUCCGAUCAAUCAUGUGAAUUGCAUCUUGUCAUCAGCACAUGCUCUCGUCACAUUUAACUCCACGAGCACCGCACCAGCAUCAGUAGGAUGGAUGGGUGUUGGUAAGUGCUUGUUCUUCCCCUUGCUGCUCGAAUCGUACCCGAUAUCUUUGCCCUCCGUACUCGCCGACUUCGGCAUCGUCACGCCCGAACGUCUCGAGCGUGCUCAAGCCCGACCGGAUAUCUACGCUCAUGCUCUUCUCUUCCUCUUAACGCCUUGAAAGCUGACGUGAUGCUCUUUCGUCUGCAUUUGCUCAUUCUUGCUCUGUAGGUGUCGGAACGGCCAUGGUGAGUUGGCUCUUCAUCGAUCAUCUUCAAGCGACGGCAGCACCGAUGCAGGAAGGGCAAUGGCCCAUUUCAGUGGCGGACGCCUCAGGCCAUGCAGAGCAUGAUCACUGAUCUCUCAUCGUUUUGUGACCUUCUCAGGCCAACGCCGACUUCCUCGUCGUCUGGCCCACCCCAGCGGCGUCGUACACGAGCGGACCGGGCUGGACCAUCUCACACCGAACCACGACCGGUGAGAACGAGCCCCAGGUCGCCAGCACGGACGCAUCCUUGGCGACCAACACCUUCUACACCGUCGUCGAGUCCCUUUCGAGCAAGCCAACAGACUCGUACACGAGUGUUUCCGUCUUGCGACUCUUGACGUUCCCUACGGGUUACCCGGCCCUCUCGCGCGCCAACUCCGGUAACCUCGUCCGCACCGGAUCUAACAACUUCAUCUACGCCAGUUCGUCAGUCGCCCCCGCGUCGGCGGACCAAGGAGCGGGUUUGACCCAGCACAACCAGGCCCAUGCUCGCACGUCGCUCGACCUCAGCCAGGCCGUCACGAUCGCUGCGGCCGCCGGGACUUCCUCGGCGGCGGGAGCGUCCGCGACCAAGCCCGCUGCGGGUGGAGCGACCACGACCGGUGCCGGGCCGCAGCAAACCUCGAACUCGAACGCUGGAGGUGGACUUGCCUUCGAAUCGUCGGGCCGCACCAAGCACGACAUGAUCCUGAUCGCUCACGGCGUGACCGCCGGCCUCGCGACCAUGAUCCUCAUGCCCAGCGCCAUCUUGAUCGCGCGCUAUUUCCGAACAACGCGCUGGUUCCCUCUCCACGUUGCGUUCAACUCGCUCGCCGUCAUCUUGAUGAUCGUCGCUUUCGGUACGGCCGUGUACGUCACCGGCGGUGGCUUUAGUGAUGCGACGCACUAUUCCGUCGGCCUCGCCAUCUUCAUCAUCAUCCUCGUCCAAGCCGGCCUCGGCUACGGUGCCCACCUCACGCGCCGACCCGAUCUCGCUUCGGGUGCCCGCUUGCCGACGUUGACGGGCAAGUCGACCGUUCGUCACGUCCACAACUUGCUCGGGUUGGCGCUGAUCGCGUUGGCCUACUACAACGUGCACGAGGGUUUCGAGCGAUGGACCCUCGACUCGGACGCGGCGACCAAGGUCCCCAAGGCCGUCACGGUUGUCUACUGGAUCCUCUUGGGCGUCGGUGCGGGUCUCUACGUCCUCGGCUGGGUCUUUGAAGGACUUGGCAAGAGCAACCACCAGGCGUUGAGGUCGGACGAGAACUUGCCGACGAGCCAUAUGACCUCGGCGGAGACCCACAGGCACUAG